AUAAGGCGUCUUCGAGCCCUAACUCUUCCACGAAACUCCCCUCUGUAAUCCGUCUAUCAACCAAUGUGUCACUAAACCUAAAAAUUUCACAUCUUAACCGAUUCUCCUCCUCGUUUUCAUUUUAUUCCCCCGAAUUAAUUUGUUCCUGAAAUCGCAGAUUUACCCGCAUCAUCAUUUCUUUAACUUGGAUUUACUUUGAUCAGCUUGAGUUUUGUGUCUUCAUAACCAAUGGCCACUUUGGAUAUAUCUCUUGAUGAUAUGAUAAAGAACAGGCGUAAUAGUGACAGUGGUAGAGGACUAGGCAGGCCUCGACAUGGUAGAGGGCCAGGUCGGUCAUUUAGAGGUGGAAGAACAACUGGGACUCGACCUAGAGGCCCACUCAGCUUAAAUGCUCGACCAUCAGUCUACACCAUUGCCAAGUCUGUCCGCAGAACCAAUUAUUUGCCAUGGCAGAAUGGUCUGUUUGAAGAUGGUCUUAAAGCAGCUGGAUUUUCGGGAUUAGAAAAUGGCACAAAGAUAUUUAUUUCCAACUUGGACAUUGGGGUGACAAAUCAGGAUAUAAGGGAACUCUUUUCUGAGAUUGGGGAAGUGAUACGAUAUGCAAUUCACUAUGACAGAAAUGGGCGACCUAGUGGUUCGGCUGAAGUGGUUUUUGCCAGAAGAAGUGAUGCAUUCAAAGCACUCAAGAAAUAUAACAAUGUCCAAUUGGAUGGGAAGCCUAUGAAGAUUGAGAUAAUGGGUGUCAAUGCAGAUAUCCCUAUUUCAGCUCGCAUGAAUGUAGUUGGAAGAGCAAAUGGAAAAAGGACAGUUACCAUGGCGUCUCGACCAGGUCAUCCCACAAGCAGCUUUAUUGCUUCCAAUCGUAAUUAUGUUCAGAGGGGCCGUGGUGGUUCAUACAGUGGACGUGGAGGAGGACGCGGUCGAGGCCGAGGCCGAGGCCGUGGCCGUGGUGGAGCACGUUGGGUGAAGAAAACUGUGGAUAAAUCAGCUGAGGAUCUUGACAAGGAGCUGGAAAACUAUCAUGCAGAAGCAAUGCAAAUUUAGAUUAUUCUUGAAGCUCUUUUUGGAUAGUUGUCUAUUUAAAAUUCUAGCCAUAAAAUGGCCAACAAUUUCAGUGGUUUUUGGUUGUGUUUUAGACGUUUUUGGACGAAUGAUAUGCUAUAUGGCUAUAGAUGUUUUACUUUCAUUGAUUGAAUUAGAAUGAUGUUUUUGCAAUCUCAGUCAUUCUUUUACA